AUGGAUGAGGUUCUCUGCGUAAUGAAAACUAUUCCUGGAGAUGGGGCUCCAAGCCUUGACGAUUUUUCUUGGGGAUUUUUCUCGACCUACUGGGAAGUCGUUGGCCCCAAUCUCCUCAAAUCUGCAAGAUUUUUGUUUCAAGGCGGUAAAUUUCCUAGAGCGGCGACCACUUCCCUCAUUUGCUUAAUCCCAAAAUUCAGCUCCCCUACAAGGCUCUCUGACUACCAUCCCACAAAUCUUUGUAAUUGUUUAUACAAGAUUUUAACAGGUGUUAUUACUGCCAGACUUAGCCAGGUACUGCCUUCUAUCAUCUCGCCAAAACAAGGGGCCUUCAUCCAAGGAAGACCAAUCUUAGAGAGCAUUGCUUUGGCACAAGAGCAUUUUCGGGAUAUAAACAGAAAGGCCCGAGGUGGAAACUUAAUUCUAAAGCUUGAUAUGGAGAAGGCCUACGAUAGGGUGGAAUGA